ACAGUAGCAGGGGGCUGGAGGUCUGGUCUCCAACUUAUAUCUUACAGCAAGCUCCCCUCCUCAGCCGACAGCAUCCAUCUGCUCCUGCAGACUAUGGGGCGGCUUUGCUUUUUGAUGGCAGCCAGUGCUCUGACCUCUGCAUGAUAGGCCAGGAGGAGACGCCUGUUCCUGUGGAGAUACCAGAAGGAUAUCUGCAGCAACAUCAAAAGGACGUUAUUAAAGGAUUGGCAAUAUUCAGAGCCCAAAUCAGCCCAUUCCGUGUAGAUGGAGCCAGUGCUUGAGGACAGAGAAAGCCCUGACCCCGAUGCGUGGUCAGGCUCCAACACCCCCGCCGAGCUUGAUGACUCCCAGGAUGAAGACUAUUAUGAUGAGACAGACAGUGAAGUGGACCCUAAGGGGCUCAACGACCUUGACCAAGACCAGCAGCAUGACCUUGACCAAGACCAGCUAAAUGACCUGGAUCAAGACCAGCAGCAUGACCUGGAUCAAGACCAGCUGAAUGACCUUGACCAAGACCAGCUGAAUGACCUGGCUCAAGACCAACUGGGUGACCUUGACCAAGACCAGCUGGCUGACCUUAACCAAGACCAGCUGGAUGACCUUGAGCAGGAUCCGCAGGAUGACCUUGACCAAGACCCAAGUGGUUCCGACUCCUCUCCACCUCGCCAGCGCUCCUUCUCUGACUACAGUGCCGAUGAGCCCAAUCCUGGCAGGGAGCAGUAUGAGGGCUCAGACCCUGGAUCAGACCUCCAUACUCAGGAGAGGAGCUGCGACUCUCCUGUGUACUCCCAUGGCUCAGAGGCCGAUUCGCACUAUGCCACCCCUUCACCUGCCCAGGAUGCUUUCUCUGACCGUGACUCUCCGGGUCAGCCUCAGCGUGGCCCCGGGCACUCUGACUCCUCCUCGUCGGGUCAGGUGGUGACCCGGCCUGACCCAGGCCGCCGCGUCACCAGCUCACCUGAGGAAGAGGAAGUGGGAGGCAGCCCAGGGGACGAGGAAGGAGAGGGAGGAGGGCAAUCGCAGGCACCUCCUGCUUGUGCUUCCUUUGGCAUUCCUGUGCAGGGUGCUGAGGCGGCAGAGGACUGGGGCUCACUGGGAGAGAGAGAUCUCCACAGAGCCAGCAGGAACGGGCCGAGAGACGCACGGCUGAGACGGAGCCAGAGCCAAUCUGAGAAGCAGCAGAAGGAAGCCAAGUCUAAAUGUAAACGUAUUGCUUCGCUCCUCACCAAUGCACCAAACCCCCGGAACAAGGGGGUGUUAAUGUUCAAGAAACGUCGCCAAAGGGCUAAGAAGUUUACUCUUGUGAGCUACGGUACAGGAGAGGCGGACUUUGAGAACGAGGGGGACAGCGCUGAGUACGAAGACUACAGAUACUACGACAAAGACGGACAAAGUAUCCGGAUCACCCUCUCAACGCCAAGCGACUCUGAAUUUGAGGAAGAGUACUACAUUAAUGCACUAAGCUCAGACGCUAAUUUGAACUACAACUAUAGCUGGGGCAGCAGGCAAGUCGACCCACCAGGCACAUUCAGUUGGAGAAAAAUGGAGAAGCUUCCACAGACGAAAGGAAAGGGAGUGUUAAUGUUCGCCCAGCGACGUCAAAGGAUGGAUGAGAUUGCUGCUGAGCACGAGGAGAUGAGGAGUAGGGGCAUUCCUGUGGAAGGUGUCAGGAACCCUGAACCUGAAACCCCCAAACCUUUCACUCCAGAGGAAAGCUAUGCCAGUCCGACCUACAUGGAUGCCAGUACUUAUCAACAUCAAGAACAGCUGCAGCAACCACAAUACCAGCCACAGCAACAACAGUAUCAGCAGCAGGAGCAAUACCAAAGUCCAGAAUAUCCUUACUCUCCCAAUGGCAUGAACGGUCUGGAUGCCCUCCAAUUUGGAUCUGCAGCAAAAGCCCUGGUCGCGAACAGAACCGCCAAGCCAUUUUUGGGUGGCCAAAGUAGGGCGCCAGCCACCUUCUUGCCAGUGCGUGGAGUCCCCAGUCCAACUCCAAAGAAACAGGACAACAUUUUUAAGGUGCCCGUUCCUGUCAAUUCAGCCCCACAGGUUUGGUCUCCAACCGGAGACAUUAUCGCUUCUCGUGACGAACGCAUUUCUGUUCCGGCCAUCAAAACAGGCAUCUUGCCAGAGACAAGAAGGAGAGGGGCAAACAAAGCAAAUGAUGGUGUGAAUUCUCAGCUUCAGACUAAAGGCGACCGGAGAUCUUUCAUUGAGUCUGGUCCUGAAGAGGACUACCUUAGCCUUGGGGCAGAAGCAUGUAACUUUAUGCAAGUCCCACGGGUUAAGCACAAGGGGGCACCCCCACCCGUAGCCCCUAAGCCCACGAUAAAUAGAGCUUGUCCACCUUGGUCUGCUGGUAGUACUGCACAGUUGCCUGUCCAAGUCCCUCGCAGCCCCAUGCCUGCAUCCUCCCCAGUUCCGGCCGGGAUGCCCACCAUGAUGCCUGGCCACGGCUACCCUCCAGCACAACCAAACUGGGCUCCCAAGCAAGAGCUUCAGCCAGCAGGCCACACAUGGGGUCUGUCUCCAUCUCCAACUCAAGCGUAUCCCCAGUAUCCCCAGGCGCCCAACAACCACUGGGCACCUGCGAGUCCACAGCCUCAACAGUCCUGGAUGCCUCAACCACAGCAAGCCCCAGUGAGUAUGCCAUCUGUUAGCCCAACACUGGCUGGUUCAAACCAGCCAAAGACCCCUUGGACAAAACCCCAAACUGAUAUGAAUUCAAUAGCAUCUUGUCCUCCAGCCCCUCGUGGGACCUCCUACUCACAUGCACCCAAGGCACCACCUGCUUCUUCAAAGGAACGUGUCUCUGAAUUAAGCACUUGCCCAUCCGAUAAGCCCAAGGGUAAAGGUGCAGAACUGUUUGCUCGGAGGCAGUCCCGCAUGGAGAAGUUUGUGGUGGAUGCUGACACUGUGCAGGCCAACAUUGCCAAGUCCCCUUCCCCAACCCCCUCACUUCCAAGCACCUGGAAAUACUCGUCCAAUGUUCGCGCGCCACCUCCCACCUCUUACAACCCCAUCCUCUCCCCCUCUUAUCCCCCUGGAGCAGCAAAACAGGCCACUUCAACUAGCCCCAUGGUUAAGCCCAAAGCAAAGAAGGAGAAACCCAAACCAGCCCCUAAACACCUCAAUGCCCUGGAUGUUAUGAAACAUAAGCCCUAUCAGCUUGACACCUCCCUCUUCAUGUAUAACUCCGUUCCCGAGGUAAAUGAGCCCAGCCCCAAAUCUUCCCCAGUCCCUCCUGUUCCAGAGUCAGAUCAGGUACCCAGGCAUGACUCUCCAACCAAAGCCAACCCCCCGGUGCUUGGCAGAAGCCGCUCUCUCUCUCUGCCCAGAAGGUCCAUGUCAUCUGUGUCCCCGCAGUCCCCUGUCUUCCCAUACGCCAGCCCUGGUGUUGGGCCAACGCGGACCCCACUGGAGAGGCACUCCUCCGUCAAGCCGCCCUCUCCAUGGGAGGCUGCUGCCAAGAGCCCUCUGGGGCUGGUGGACGAGGCCUUCGCCUUCCAGGACGUUCCGCAGGCGUCUGCGGCCAUGCACCGCAGGUCACUGCCCGAGCCACCGCUGGAGUGGAAGCAGAGGGUUUCGUACGAGCCGGCGGGGCACAGUCCAGUCUCCCCACUCUCUCCCCAGCCUCGUUUCCAGCCUGUGUCUUCCCCCAUCAGAGCAGCGCCUGUGUCCCCAUCCAAGCCAGCUUUCUAUGGGCCUCCCUUCAGGCCUGCUCAGCCCCUCACCGCCAACACCAGGUAUCCAGGGACUGGCUCACUACAAAGGCAAAAUAGGCAUUCAAACUCUCUGCCGCCUCUGCGAGUAAGCAGGGUAAUGUAAUCGAUGAUCUGAUGUAGUAAGCAUUUGUCUGGUUUGCAGUAGUCCAACUGAAAUCCGAGACAGAGCUGUCAUCACUACCACUUCACACGUCAACAGCUUCAUCAACAAAAUGACUUAGAGUCAAAAUGAGGCGUCGUAAUUAAAAUUAGACACAGAUGUUGAGUAUGAAGUUAAUGCAUAACUUUUGAAAUGACACUGGUUGGGCGGUAAUUGUGCAUGAUGCCUUAUACAUGUGUUACGCACUGAUACAAGCAAGGAUUAGGUUCAGGAAACAACUGUUUCAGGUAUCAGGUAAGACUAAGGAAUGAAAGUCAAAGAGUAAUGUUGAGUGUAAAGUGCUGAAAUAUAAUACAAAAAAUAUAUAUGGAGGUAGAAGCUGUUACAAAACAUAUUAAAAUGGGAAAUUGUACAUUUUCGAGGACUAUAGAAUAAAAUAGUUUAAGGGUUGAGAAAAAGCUAAAUUAUGAAACAAGCAGUGCAGCUAGGAGAAAUAAAAGGGAUAUUCCUGCAAGUUUUUUGAAAGUUGGUGAUUAUUUGCUAUAUCUGUGGAUUAUGCAAACUGUUGGUUUUGAAUCAGGACAUAUGACAGGUAGAGUAAAACGGAAGGAUAAAGAAUACGAUUAGCAUAAAUCAAAUAUCAGCUGAAAAUACUGGUGUUGAGGGAUAAAUUGAGUAGAAGAUUAUCCUCCAUGUUAGAAAUGCUUCACUCGUCAUCACUUUUAACACCAUAUUUCCAUAUAUUCCCACCCUGUCUGUUUGAUGUUUUAUAUGUAUGAGAAUCAGAGCAGAUAUUGUAUUUCUCACUUGGCUGAUAUGUGAAUGUGUUUUACAUCAUUGUGUAGUUGUUGAUACGGCAAGCUGUAUUCAUUUGCAUUGUAAGUUAGUUUGGUAUUAGGCCUAUACUGCAUAGUUAUCUCUCCCACACCAAUACAUCACAUGGACACCAUGUGGACAAAAAUCUAGAGCUAACUGCAGCUAGAGAGAAAAUAUAUAUAUAUUAUAAACUAGAAGUGUUCUACAGAGUUGAUUGCAAAAUGAUGUGGCCUACUGGGUAUGAAAAUUUCACAUGUGCGCAUUGAUUAUAAUCAACACUAUUAAACUUUUCCAUGAAUAUGA